ACAGGAACUGCCAGAGGCUAGCACGACACUUCUGGCUGCGAAGAUCUCUCCACUGCUGACCAUGGGCAAGAAAGUUGCUGUUGUCCUCUCUGGUUGCGGGGUGUAUGAUGGUAGCGAAGUCCACGAGGCGUCAGCUGUCAUGGUGCAUCUCAGCAGGGAUGGGGCCCAGGCAGAGCUCUAUGCUCCAGACAUCGACCAAAUGCACGUGGUGAACCACAUCAAAGGGGAGCCAACCGAAGAGAAACGUAAUGUCUUGGUGGAGAGUGCCAGGAUCGCCAGAGGCAACGUCAAAGAUCUGGCCACUCUGAAAGUGAAGGAACUAGAUGCCCUCAUCAUCCCAGGUGGUUUUGGAGUGGCUAAAAACCUUUGUUCUUGGGCGGUGGAUGGAAAGAACUGUAAAGUCUCAAAACCUGUGGAAGAUACCAUCAAGGCCUUCCACUCAGCCAAGAAACCCAUAGGUCUGUGCUGCAUUUCCCCUGUGCUGGCAGCUAAAAUUAUCCCAGGCUGUGAGGUCACCGUUGGGCAUGACGCAGAAUGUGAGAAGUGGCCUUAUGCCAAGACUGCUGAAGGCCUGAAGGAGCUGGGCUGCAAACACGUGAACAAAAAUGUUGACGAGGUCCACGUGGACGUAAAGAACAAACUGGUGACCACGAGUGCUUUCAUGUGCAAUGCACCUAUCCACACCAUCUACGACGGCGUUGGAAAGAUGGUCAAAGAAGUGCUAAAGCUUGCUUGAAGCAGAGUGUAUGUGGGAUGCUGGAAACAGGCCAUCUCACUUCACCCCUGCUAGUCAAAACCUCUGACCACUUCAUGGGGAGGUCAGUGGGAAUAAUUUGGGUUAAAGGGACAUCUUUAGCCCUUCCACAUGGAUACCAUCCUUAGGUCCUCAACCACUCCCUCUUCUUCACUCUUCCCUUCCCAAGCCAGCUUCAGGCUUGCAAACAGCAGCCCUACCUUCAAAUUGGGCCCUAUUUGAGGAGGAGGUGCAAAAGAGGCUAUUCUUCUUUGAAGCACCACUUGUCCCCUCUCCUCCAAUCCAUUUCUGACUGAUGAUUCACAGACUGUGAAGAACCCGUUGGGACAGAGAAGAUAGAUGUCAACAUGAUGGCUAUAUGUAAAGAGAACUGGAUGAUGGUUAACAGCUGGCUAUCACCAUGUGGAAGGCAUGUUGGUGUGUUCCUCCCUCCCCACAAACACCCCUCAAAUAAAUCUGGAACCAUG